AUGAGCGAGACACUGCUGCUGCGGGGGCGGACACUCGACGGAGACGUGGCCAGCCUUGUGGUGAAGGUGUCUCUGCAAAGAGGCGGGGACGGCGCGCUCAGCUCCGACGGGCUGUUCCGGAGGGAGAGCGCGCUGUACACGAGGACUCUGCCCGCUGCGGAGGCGGCGCUGAAGGCUGCUGAGGGUGGCGCGUGGCGGCCGCUGUGGCCUGCCUGCCCGGGCGUGUUCGGCGGCGGGGGCGGCUGCCUGCUGCUGGAGGACGUGGUGGCCGCGGGCUUCCGCAAGGCCUCCAGUGCCACCUCGGCUCGCGGGCUGGAUCUGGAGCACUGUCUGGUCGCCAUGCGUGGGCUGGCACGCUUUCACGCUGCCACCACGAGAAAUUCGCUCCAGGACGCCCUAGUCGAACCCCUGCUACGAGAGUCCGUCUCUUUUGGCUCCAGCCAGAUCCCACUGCUUCAGUCGCAGACCAAGACAACCGUCCUCAAGAUGGCUCAAAUACUCAACCGCUAUCCGUGGUUCCGGCAGUAUAAGGACAAGUUCUUACAAUUUGCGGACACUUUGCUGCUGCGAGCUGUUGACGCCGUUAGCAGCUGCGACAACAAACUCACUGUCAUGCUGCAUGGGGACUUUCAGAAGAACAAUAUGAUGUUCCAGUACUCGAAAGAAGAGCUUGAAGUCAUAUUCUACGAUUAUCAGGGAGCCCAUAUCGGAUCUCCAGCGGAGGACCUGCAGUACUUUCUGCACACGAGCACCAGCCUGGAGGUGCUGCAGCGGCACAUGGACCUGCUGCUGUCCGAGUACCACAGCACCCUGCAGCACACGUUGCGAGCCCUGGGGCUGCAGCAACAGGCAGACGCCUACCCGCUAGAGCAGCUGAGGAGAGAGAUGGAGCAGCUGGCACCAGUAGGGGUCUUCUGCACCUACAACCUGCUGCCUGUCAUGCUCAACCUAGAGGCAGUCGAUUUCGACCUCGAUACAUCGUCACCCAACUAUGCAGCCAAUGUGGACAAGUUGUUACAGAAAUGCUACACAAAUCCUGAGUAUUUGUCCUUUGCCGAGUACUUGGCGCCAGUUUUUGAGAAGAACUGUCUUCUAGAAAGUUGA